AUGUGGCACUUGAGCGACAGACAGAAGGAAAAAGAUGCAGCGGGAGCAGUAAAAUGUUGUUAUUUUUCCUGCUAUUACGCCCCCUGCAGCAGCACGGGCCUCUGCCUGUAUGACAUUUCCUAUGCAGCUGGGGUGAAAGUUCACAGCAGACAACGAGCUGUGGGGAGCAACAAGAAGGCCAUGUCUGGGUGGAAACCUAUUAUUGGAAUGACCACUCUCCCAAUCCUAGGAGGACUUGCUGUGCGCUUUAUUACACGCAAAGAGGUGAACAACUGGUACCCAACAUUGAAAAAACCCUUAUGGAGGCCACCAAACGUAGCAUUCCCAAUAGUAUGGACCUGUUUGUACAGUGGCAUGGGGUAUGGCUCCUAUCUAAUUUGGAAAGAACUUGGUGGAUUUACUGAAGAAGCACUGGUUCCACUGGGAUUGUAUGGUGUGCAACUGGCGCUGAAUGUGGCAUGGCCUUGUAUCUUUUUCGGUGCUCACAAGCUUAAAUGGGCUUUAGUAGAGAUUGUGCUGCUCACUGGCACUGUGGGAGCCACUAUGUGGUCAUGGUAUCCCAUAAACAAAACUGCCACUCUGCUCCUGGCUCCCUAUCUGUCCUGGCUGUGUCUCGUCACUUCCCUCAACUACUGCAUCUGGAGAGACAAUUCUGAGGAGGGAAAAAAAGAAUAAGGAAUGUUUUUCUAUUCAGCCACUGUAGAUUGCUUUUUGUUUUUCAUACUAAAUAACUGAAAAUUGAUUAAAAUGUGUGUCUAUGUGCAGAUCUUACUAAAUGAAGAUUCCAUAUCCAUUUCCAUAUAGCAGAUUUAUUUCCAUACAGUAAUUAUAAUUGAAAAACUAGUUUUUCUAGAUUUUUUUCUUGGCUGUCUUCUGGCGGUUUAGAAGAAAAUCUCUGCAUUAACAUCUUCCACAAACCCUUCUUUUCUUCAUCAAUUUGUUGCAUGCUUCCUGUAAAUGAAAACCCACUUCAUAAUAAAGUGCCUACAACACA